AAGCAAAUAAAACCAUUUACUAGUUUACAAAAAGGAAAAGAACCAGAACAAAAACCUAAACCACAAGAUAUUAUAAAUCAGCAAGCACAACAAAUUUUACUAUUUCGAAAAGAAAAUGAAUGA